AUGACACAAACUAAUGCUGGUGGAUCAGCUAAAGAUGCAGCCGAUCAAAAUUUUGAUUAUAUGUUUAAAUUACUUAUUAUUGGAAAUUCAUCUGUAGGAAAAACAUCAUUUCUGUUUCGAUAUGCAGAUGAUUCAUUCACAUCAGCAUUUGUUAGUACUGUUGGAAUUGAUUUUAAGGUUAAAACUGUAUUUCGUCAUGAUAAACGUGUUAAAUUACAAAUAUGGGAUACAGCUGGUCAAGAACGUUAUCGAACAAUAACAAGUAAAAUAUUUAAUUUUU